CAGCUGUCCUGGCUCCUAGGCAGCCUCCACUCUCCCACGGGGCAUUUCUGAGGAAGAUUGUGGAUGUAUUUUUAGCCUGAGGAACACACUGCAGGUGGCAUUCGCAGUUCUCUGGAUACCGAAGCACUGCUGAAGUUCUGCCAGGUGACCUCGUGGAGGCUGGACUUUGUGAGGAGACUGCCGGAAGACUGGAUCACCAGGAGGGGUUUCAGGACGUUGUCAAGACACUCAUUUUUGUGGCUGGUUCCAGGUCAUAAUGGCUGUGUGAGUGUCUGCCAUGGCCCACCGCAAGCGCCAGAGCACUGCGAGCAGCAUGUUGGACCACAGGACCAGACCGGGUCCCGUCCCCCAUGACCAGGAGCCCGAUAGCGAGGACACAGAGCUUCCUUUGGAGGGCUAUGUGCCCACGGGCCUGGAGUUGGCCACUCUGCGGCCAGAGAGCCCCACUCCCGAGGAACAGGAGUGUCACAACCACAGCCCUGAUGGGGACUCCAGCUCUGACUAUGUGAACAACACAUCCGAGGAGGAGGACUAUGAUGAGGGCCUCCCGGAGGAGGAGGAGGGCGUUACCUACUACAUCCGAUACUGUCCUGAGGAUGACAGCUACCUGGAGGGCAUGGACUGUAACGGAGGGGAGUACAUAGCCCACGGCACGCAUCCCGUGGACACUGAUGAGUGUCAGGAAGCCGUGGAGGAGUGGACGGACUCAGUGGGCCCUCAUACUCACAGCCACGGGGCUGAGAACAGCCCGGAAUAUCCAGACAGCCACCUGCCUAUCCCAGAGGACGAUCCAUCCGCCCUGGAGGUCCAUGACCAGGAAGAAGAUGGCCGCUACUGUCCCAGCAAAGAGAGCUACCAGGACUAUUACCCUACGGAGGCCAAUGGGAACCCAGGUGGUGCCUCCCCGUAUCGCAUGAGGCGUGGGGACGGCGACCUGGAGGAUCAAGAGGAAGACAUCGACCAGAUCGUGGCUGAGAUCAAGAUGAGCCUGAGCAUGACCAGUAUCACCAGUGCCAGCGAGGCUAGCCCUGAGCACAUGCCUGAGCUGGACCCUGGGGACUCCACAGAGGCCUGUCCACCCAGCGAGACCGGCCAUGGGUCCAGCAGGCACGAGGCAAGGCCCAAGUCGCUGAACCUUCCCUCUGAGGCUAAACACCCUGGAGACGCCCAGAGAGGACUCAAGACCAAGACCAGGACCCCAGAGGAGAGGCCAAAGUGGCCCCAAGAGCAGGUUUGCAAUGGCUUGGAGCAGCCGAGGAAGCAGCAACGCUCUGAUCUCAAUGGACCCGCUGACAAUAACAACAUCCCAGAGACAAAGAAGGUGGCAUCGUUUCCAAGCUUUGUGGCUGUUCCAGGGCCCUGCGAGCCAGAAGACCUCAUCGAUGGGAUCAUCUUUGCAGCCAACUACCUGGGCUCCACCCAGCUGCUCUCUGAGCGAAACCCCUCCAAAAACAUCCGAAUGAUGCAGGCUCAGGAGGCUGUGAGCAGGGUCAAGAAUUCGGAAGGCGAUGCCCAGGCGCUGACGGAAGUAGACCUCUUUAUCUCCACCCAGAGGAUCAGAGUUUUAAAUGCUGACACCCAGGAAACCAUGAUGGACCACGCCUUGCGCACCAUCUCCUACAUUGCAGACAUCGGCAACAUCGUGGUUCUGAUGGCCAGACGCCGCAUGCCCCGGUCGGCCUCUCAGGACUGCAUUGAGACCACCCCUGGGGCCCAGGAGGGGAAGAAGCAGUACAAGAUGAUCUGUCACGUGUUUGAGUCAGAAGACGCCCAGCUGAUAGCCCAGUCUAUCGGGCAGGCCUUCAGCGUGGCCUACCAGGAGUUCCUCAGGGCAAACGGCAUCAACCCUGAAGACCUGAGCCAGAAGGAAUACAGCGAUAUCAUAAAUACCCAGGAGAUGUAUAAUGAUGACCUCAUCCACUUCUCAAACUCGGAGAACUGCAAGGAGCUGCAGCUCGAGAAGCACAAGGGUGAGAUUUUGGGUGUGGUGGUCGUGGAAUCAGGCUGGGGCUCCAUCCUGCCCACUGUGAUCCUGGCAAAUAUGAUGAACGGCGGGCCUGCAGCUCGCUCAGGGAAGCUGAGCAUUGGGGACCAGAUCAUGUCCAUCAAUGGCACCAGCCUGGUGGGGCUGCCCCUGGCUACCUGCCAGGGCAUCAUCAAGGGCCUGAAGAACCAGACACAGGUAAAGCUCAACAUUGUCAGCUGUCCCCCGGUCACCACGGUCCUCAUCAAGCGUCCUGACCUCAAGUACCAGUUGGGCUUCAGCGUGCAGAAUGGAAUCAUCUGCAGCCUCAUGAGAGGGGGUAUUGCGGAGCGAGGGGGUGUCCGCGUCGGCCACCGCAUCAUCGAGAUCAACGGACAGAGUGUGGUGGCCACAGCCCACGAGAAGAUAGUCCAGGCUCUGUCUAACUCAGUGGGAGAGAUCCACAUGAAGACCAUGCCUGCGGCCAUGUUCAGACUCCUCACAGGCCAGGAGACCCCGCUGUACAUCUAGGUACACCCAGCCUCGCCAUGGAGCAGGGACACCAGGCAGACCCACCUGGGGGCCCAGAGGAGCCAGAAGCCAGGACACAGCCCUGACCCCUCAUCCCAUAGCCCAACCAAGAACUCUGGCUCCCCUGAAGGGUGUGUCCUCACCAUCUAGUUUUCUUGUUUUGUUUUGGUUUUUGGUUUUGCCACACACACACAAAAGGUACGUCCUCACCAAGGGGGAGUUGAGGAACAAGCCCUUGGGACACUAACCGGUCCUCUGCCACAUUCUCAUCGCGGCUGAUGAAGGGUGCUCACAGGUAGUUCUGUGUGCUGUGCUGUGUUCUUCCUCCCUGAGGCUAUGGAAUGUGAAUGUGGUGCCCGCCCCUGCGGCUGUGAAGGGAGCUGCAGCCAUCUCUUCCCUUUGGCUGGGACACUUGGGGUCCAGCCGAGUC